CACUGGGCUGGCUGGUCUUGGCACCAUGAGGAGUGGAUGUCUAAGACUGCUCCAUGGGCUGCUGUGUGUCCUGCUGAGUCUCUCCAGAGCUGGAGCCCAGGGCUCUCAGGCCUGUAACCCCCGGUGCCCUCCUAACUCGGAAUGUGUCAAUGCCACCGCCUGUCGCUGCAAGCCGGGGUUUGCCUCUUCAUCUACAGAGAUCUUCACUGACCCCCUGGAGAUCUGUGAUGACAUCAAUGAAUGUGUGCCACCCAUGAAAGUGUCCUGUGGAAAACUUGCUGACUGCCAGAAUGUGGAGGGGAGCUACUACUGCACGUGCAGCCCGGGCUAUGAGCUCCGUUCUGGGGGAACAAACUUCACUAAUGAGAGUGAGAACACAUGUCAAGAUGUGGACGAGUGCAGCUCCGGGCAGCAUCAGUGCCACCAGUCCACCAUCUGCACCAACACCCUGGGGUCGUACCAGUGCCACUGCCACCCAGGCUGGGAGCUGAUUCCUGGGAGCGUCAAUGGCCGGAACAGCACCAUCUGCAAAGUCAUGCCCUUCUUCACCUGGCCUCUGCCCCCUGGAGUCCACAGCCAGAGUCUCUCCCACUUCUUUGAAAAAGUCAACAAUCUGCACAAGGAUGUCAAGCCAAUUCAGGCCAAGGGCACCAUCCAGGGGAUCAUGCAGGAGGUGGAUGAGCUGCUGGAGACCCCUGGGGACCUAGAGACCCUGCCCCCCUCACAGAAGCACUACGUGGCCACUCGCCUGUUAACAGGUCUGGAGAGUGCCCUGACACUCCUGAGCAGGGCUCUGCCUGAGGGGACAGCAACCUUCAAUUAUUCUGCAGGCACACAACUGUCCCUGGAGGUACAGAAGAAAGGAAUUUGCAAUGUCACCUUGAGUCUGAAUCAGGCAAAGAUGCAGCUGAGCUGGAAUCUAGCACAGGAAUCUUGUUUCACAGGCCCUUGUGUGGUGGGCUUGGUCUCCACCCCAGCGAUGGACAAGCUGAUGGCCGAGGCUCCCCUGGUCCUGGAGCCUGAGAAGCAGGUGGCUCCCCAUGGGACACACGAGGACUUGCUGCCAAGAAUCUCGUCUGUGCUGCUCUCAGAUGUGAUCUCAGCCUUUUUGAGCAGCAACGACACCCAGAACCUCAGCUCAUCAGUUACCUUCACCUUCUCCCAUCCUCCAGUGACACCAGCACCAAGGCACAAGGUGCUCUGUGUCUUCUGGGACCACAGCCAGAAUGGGAGUCACUGGACCACUGCAGGCUGCAGGACAGUGAGCACCGGAGGUGGCAGCACCACCUGCCACUGUACCCACCUCAGCAGCUUUGCUGUCCUCAUGGUCCACUACCAUGUGCAGGACGACGACCCUGUGCUGAGCCUCAUCACCUGCGUGGGGCUGGGCGUGUCGCUGCUGUGCCUGCUCCUGGCGGCCCUCACCUUCCUCCUGUGCAGAGCCAUCCAGAACACCAGCACCUCCCUGCACCUGCAGCUCUCGCUCUGCCUCCUGCUGGCCCACCUGCUCUUCCUCAUGGCCAUCGACAGAACCCAGCCCAAGGUGCUGUGCGUGGUCACCGCGGGCGCCCUGCACUACCUCUACCUGGCCUCCUUCACCUGGAUGCUGCUGGAGGGGCUGUUCCUCUUCCUCACCUCACGGAACCUGACUGUGCUCAGUUCCUCCAGCAGAAACAGGCUCAUGAGGAGGCUCAUGUUCCCUGUGGGCUACGGAGUCCCGGCCGCCAUCGUGGCCAUGUCUGCAGCAGCCAGACCUCACCUGUAUGGCACCCCUGCUCGGUGCUGGCUCAAUCCAGAACAGGGGUUUGUGUGGGGCUUCCUUGGACCCGCCUGUGCCAUCUCUUGUGUCAAUAUGGUUUUCUUCCUGAUGACACUCUGGAUUGUGAAGAGCAAGCUGUCCUCCAUCAACAGAGAUGUGUCCACCCUCCAAAACACAAGGGUGCUGACAUUUAAAGCAAUGGCUCAUCUCUUCAUCUUGGGCUGCACCUGGUGUCUGGGUGUCCUGCAGGUGGGCCCCAUGGGCCCUGUCAUGGCCUACCUCUUCACCAUCAUCAACAGCCUGCAGGGCUUCUUCAUCUUCCUGGUGUACUGCCUCCUCAGCCAACAGGUCCGGGAGCAGUACAGGACAUGGCUCAAGAAGAUCAGGAAACGAACAACUGAACCCGAGGCCUACACUCUGUCUAGCAAGGCUGUUUCCGAUGCCUCCAGACCCAGCACGGUAGGGUCACUCCCUCCUCCCAGAGCUCACGUUCCCUGGUAUUGGCAGGAUUUCUCCCCUCCUGUCCACAGACCAUGCUUCCCCUGCCUACUGGACUCCACCAUCAUGCCUGCCUGUGGACUGACCUUACAUUAUUCUCUCUCCCUCCCUCCCACCCACCUAGUUCCUGCUUAUUAUCAUUGUGUCCCCACCCUUAUCUGAGUCUCCUAAAGACCCUGGUGAUGACCUUAGGCUCACCUGGACAAUCCAGGAUGAUUUUCUCAUCUCAAGAUGCUUAACAUGCAUGAUCCCACUGAUAUGUGAAAUGCAAACAUUGAUUUCAUAGAAACAAAGAGUAGAACAAUGGUUCCCAGAGGUUGGGGAGGAGGGGGUGGGAAAGGCUUGAUCAGUGGGUACUAAGUUACAGUCAGGAGAAAGAAGCUCUGUGGUGUGUCGCACAGUAGGUCACUAGACCACAAAGUGCACUGUGCCUUUCCAACAGCUCUGAGGGGCUGGGGGCCACUCCGUGGGAGGCCCUUGCCUGGCAUGUGCAAGGCCCCAGGCUCCAUCCCAGCACCAAGUCUCUUUAAAAUACAAAGAAAGGAUUCUGAGAGUUUUUACCUCAAAUAACUAAUGCAUGUUGGAAGAGAUAGUUAUGUUUAACCUGAUGUAAACACUCACACUGUAGACAGGCAGGAAACAUCACAUUAUACCAUUAAUAUGUGCCAUCUAAGUAGAUUUAAUGUAAAAUUAGAUUUUUUGAUCUUUAACAUACUCCUUCUUGAGAAUUACCUUUUCCAGGCAUGGUAACACUCACAGGCUAUGGGAUUAGGAUGUGGACAUCUGUAGGGUCAUUAUUUUGUCUAUCACAACAAUUACAUAGGUUGGCUUUCUCUCUCAUGGAGCUGUAAAAAUCUUCCUCUGGUUGUAGAUAACUGAAUAGAUUCAUCCCCCACCUCCCUCCACCACAGCCCUAGGAAUGAUAUACACAUUGAGGAAAAGAAAUGGCAACUUUUAAAUCUAGAAAAUAGGAAGGCAUCAGUUGGGAAAGAAGGCUUCUGAAAUUCAGGUGAUAUGAUCAGGUGUUUCUACCAUCUUGGGCACUGGACUUCGAGGGUCCACUCUGUUGGUGGCCUGAUGUCAUUUUAUCUUCCAGUGUCUCCUUAAAUGAGGCAUAUCCAGGGUUUCAGUUGAUGGACUCUCUUCCUCUCAUUUUGGAAUCCCUCCCUUGGCUCAUUAAAUAAAAACAAAACAUUUUGUCUUGUAACCAGUUCUGAAUAAUUUUCUGAAGCACAGCAUUCAUAAGGCUCCAGUGAAUCAGUGUCACUUCUGAGAAAGUCCAAAAUCAGCAAAAUGAAAUCUCAUGUGGCCUCUUGAUCAUGCCCUGAUAAAUCCAUUGGGCAAGAAAAUAUUGUGAUUGAAGUGUGUGUGUGUGUG